UUGCGUUGAGUGAUUGAACUAAAAUAUUGAAUCGUCUUUCGUGUGCUGUUGGUGAUGCUCUGGCACACCUCUACUGAAACGAUGCGCGUAUUUUCGUACGAUAUAUUAGGAGAAAUGUUCGCGUAGUAUUGUUUUGUGGAGACGCGCGAAGGAGUUCAUAGUUUGGUAAAAUCGCUCGAGAAAUUGAUCAGUCAACAGUCCGUCGUUCAUCAUGGAUAGGAGAAAAAUGUCUACUGCAGGAGAUUCCCUCUAUCAGAUUUUGGAAAUUCCAAAAACUGCUACUUCAGAGGAGAUCAAGAAAACAUAUAGGAAAUUAGCACUGAAAUAUCAUCCUGACAAGAAUCCUAACAAUCCAGAGGCAGCUGAAAAAUUUAAGGAAAUAAACAGGGCACAUGCUAUACUCACAGAUCUAACAAAACGUAACAUAUAUGACAAUUAUGGAUCUCUUGGUUUGUAUGUCGCAGAACAGUUUGGAGAAGAAAAUGUUAAUGCUUACUUUGUUGUCACUUCUGGGUGGUGCAAGGCACUAUUCCUGUUUUGUGGGCUAAUUACUGCUUGUUACUGUUGUUGCUGUUGUUGUUGCUGUUGCAACUUCUGUUGCGGUAAAUGUAAACCAACUCCACCAGAGGAUAGUGGCGAAUACCAUAAUUUACAGGAAGAGGAGAGCGACGACGACGCCGUAACGGCUCAACCUCAGAGUGGCGCAUCGCAAAACGCGUCCAAUGUGCAGCAGCCUAUAUUCGCCAUGCCUGCGCCGGGAGCUUCGGCACCGACGUCUACAGCUAAUGAAAGCACGAAUCUAAACAGCGGUGGCGAUCGCGUGAUUUAUACCACUGCGGCUGCUACAAAUCCAUUCGUAGGAGCGAAUGCAGCUGCAAGCGACACCGGACCAACCAGAUGGUAGACUGAACACACGUGGAAAAGUCAUCGCGAACACUGAUUCAUAUUUAUAGCGCCGGGUCUCUAUGACAGCUCAUUGACACGGUAGAUCAUAACUACGUUCAUUGUCUCUCAAUAGGAUAGACUGUGAUCAAUUUGAUGUAAUGGAUCCUUUCCUACUUUUUUUCUUUUCUACGAAAGGGUUUCACCAGAUCCUUGUUAUCCUGCGAAUAAUUAAAUAAUUAUGCACUCAUUUUUUAUUAUUUUUUUUAUUUUGGGACAGAUUCGAUGUUGAUACACUUAACUUUUACACGGUUUGGAUAUUUCUUCGACAUAUAUCGAGACGUCCAUCUAGGGAAGUCACAUACAUGAAGAGAAUUUUAUAAUUAAUAGAAAGUUAUUGUUGAAUUCUGUAAUCGAGAACCGUAUUGACAUUCCGACUUAUUGUUUUUCUAUUUCACAUAUAUGCUUUUUAUAUUAGGGGUAUCUAUAAAAGUAAUCAAGUAUUUGCAGAACUCUUAUAAUCUUAUCAGU